AUGAACCUGGAGGAAGUUGGAGAUGAGGUGAGGUGCCGCGCUUUCCCGGUCACCUUGGCGGUACCUACGAUAUGGUGGUUCAACAGCCUCCCGCAGGGCUCGGUGGCCAAGUUUUCAGACAUCAGCCACGCUUUCCUGGCCCAAUUUACAACCAAAAUUGCAAAGGCAAAACACCUGAUCAAUUUGCCCGGGGUGACUCAGAGGUCUGGCGAGCCGACCAGAAAAUAUCUAGACCGAUUCAACGAUGAGUGCCUGGAGAUCGACGGGCUAACUGACUCGAUAGAUACCAGGGAAUACAUUAACGAUGAAGAAGUCAGUCAUGUCGUGGCUGCCAACAAGCGGCAGUCCUCCUACAAUCAAUCCUGGCAGCACGGUAGCGGAGAAAGGCAGAAGGAACACGCCAGAGACGGCAGUCCGAGUAAGACACCCUGGCCGUUUUCUCGAGUCGGGAAGUUCACCAAUUACACUCUCCUCACCGUCUCCAUCAUAGAAGUUUAUCAACAGAUAGGCGAGAAGGGAAUCUUGUCGAAGCCCCGACGUCUAAAGGACCGAACCGGGGGGAACAGGAGCCUCUAUUAUGAUUAUCAUAAGGGCUAUGGACAUAAGACACAGGACAACUUCGACCUGAAGGAUGACCUGGAACAAGCAAUCCAGGAUGGAAAAUUAGCCGAAUUCUCCCACCUCAUUAAGGAGCCGAGGAGACGAAAUCGCGACCACGAGAGAGAGGACAAGACCUGCGCAGUGAAGCGACGUCUAGAGCCGGAGGACAAUGACCACGGUCUUACCAUAGUGAACGUGGUAACAGCAAGAAACGCGGCUCUGAGGUCAAAGUCGGCACACAAGAAAGAAGCCAAAGUCCUGGCAGUUUCCUCGUCUUCCGCACAAAGCUCCAAAAGGCUUCCGUCCAUUUUGUUCGGUCCGAAAGACCAAUGGUUUGAUGAGAUCGUGGAAAACCCUCCCAUGGUCAUCACAGCCAGAGUGGGAACCGGCCUCAUCAAGCGGAUCCUUGUAGAUACUGGGGCGGACUCGAAUAUUAUGUUCCACAACGUGUUCGAUGCCUUGGGCCUACAGGAUGCCGACUUAAAGACUCACCAGCACGGUGUUGUAGGACUAGGUGACCACUUCAUCAAGCCCAAUGAAAGAAUCUCCCUGCCAGUAUCCAUAGGACCAGGAUAG